CAAAACAAGGAUGUUACUUCGUCAGCUUGUUGUGCCGCUCGUUCUUCUGUCUGUACUUUAGCUUGUCCUCCGCUGUGAGUGUCUUUGAGCCAAACACCGUCACCUGCCACCAUCAGGGCUGAUGACAGCGUUUGUCGUCUAUCUGGGUCUGCUUCAGCAGCUGUGGUGCCAUGAGAGCCGUAUUGAUCGCCGUCACUGUCGUUUUGGGGGUGUGUGAGGCAGGAAAAGCGAGAGUGUUUGACAAUGGAACGGAGCCAUGUGCAACAGUUUGGACAAACAACUCCCUGGUUCUUCUGGGGUCUCCUGUCACUGCCAUUUGUGUCAUCAAAGAUGGCUGCCCCCUGGUUAGCGGACAAACGGGCCACAUACAGUGGCGCCUCGGUAAUCGCUCACUCCCCGACAGCUCUGUGCGGACAGAGAAUGGAGCGGAAGUUUCAGAGGUCAAUAUUCGGAGCUUCAAUCACACCAAGGCCUUCCUCACCUGCAGUCUUCAAGCGUCAGCCCCAAUGAUCCUCGGAGGAGUGGUGAUCAGAGCUGGAUAUCCGCCAUCCGCACCCCAAAACCUGAGCUGUCAGACAAACCUCACCACCCCUAAUACGCUGACCUGUCACUGGGACAACGGUCGACAGGAGACCCACCUGCCCACCCAGUACUACCUCCACACAUGGAUCGGGGACACCAAUGAAAGCCACAAUUACACGCUUCAACCAGGGGUGCAGCGCUACGUCAUCCCCAGAACAGACUUUGUCCUAUUUGCUGAAAUCCAAAUCUUUGUCAGAGGUGUGAACGAACUUGGAGAGGCCAGGUCCGAUAACGUCACUCUGGAGCCUGUCAGUGCAGCCAAGUUCGACCAACCAAGCAUUCUGCGACUUCAUUCGAUGCCUAAACGCUUCGGUUGCCUGAGCCUGACCUGGGCUUUAUCCCCCCACCAAAAGUGGAUGAAGGAUUUGUUCCUGACCCUGGAAGUCAGAAUGAAGCCAGCUGAGAGCAGCGAAUGGACCCACGCGCCAAUAUUAGUGGGCAAAGCCAGGCCAAAGAAAGCAGUGGAGCAGUGUCGGCUCAAGCACGGUACCGAGUACUUUGCUCAGAUCAGAGUCCGAUACCAACUCAGCCCCUGGAGUGAAUGGAGCGGCAGCCGAUCCGCAGUCACCUUGGAAAGCGCUCCCACUGGACACAUAGACUCCUGGAUGAGGUUAACGGGGGAUCACAUGCACAAACAACUCGACGUGCAUUUGUUUUGGAAGCCAUCAAAACAAUUCCGUGCCAAUGGAAGAAACGUGUCAUAUAUCGUAUCACAACAUAAAGUUGCGGGCGUAAGGGAGAGGUUGUGCUUCACGUCGGGGAGCUUUUGUACCUUUCAACUUCCUGUGAGAGUGAGGAAACUGUAUCUGACUGCAGUGAAUGCAGCAGGAAGGUCCUCGCCCAGUGUAGUCUGGAUUCAGCAACCAAAAGGACCUGCUGUAAUACUGAAUUUAAAAGCUUCUUCACUUGGCAACUCCUCCAUCCUGGUCACUUGGGAAAGCAAAGAGUUGUCCACUCUCACCGGUUUUGUCGUGGAAUGGAGACCUUUGUUGGAAGAAAAAAAACAUUCCAAACUUCGCUUCGAAACAACCGACAGAAACACCACAAGUCUCAUCAUUGAAGGGGAGCCGUACAAGCCCUACGGGAUCACUGUGUAUCCUCAGUUUAAGCACGGGAUCGGCCUUGGUCAGAUGGUUCAUGGCUACUCUAGACAAAAGGCUCCUUCCAAGGUUCCAGAAAUGAGGCUUGAAAAGACCUGGCAGUCGCAUGUGGAGCUCACUUGGGACGAGUUACCUUUAGCGGAGCAGAACGGCAUCAUAGACAGCUACCAUGUGUUCUACAGGGGCAAAAAUGGAUCGGUUUCUGUGGUGAACGCAGCCGUGGAUGAGCGGAGGGUGGUCCUGAAAGACCUCAGCUCCGUCUACUCCUACGAGGCGGUGUUAAUGGUCAGCACUCACGGCGGCAGCAAGAACGGGUCGACCAUUUAUUUUCAGAUUGAACCCUUUGGUUCAAACACUAUGCUGAUAAUCGUGUCCCUGUCGAUCUUUGGAGUGGCCAUCUUGCUUACAAUGGGUUUCAAAGCUUGUUUGUCCAACCAGAAACGACUGAAAGUGGGAUUGUGGCCAGCUGUUCCGGAUCCUGCUAAUAGCAGCAUCAAGAAAUGGUCAUCCGGGUCAAUGCAGAAUAUCCAGUCUUUCAAAGACACCACCGAGCCAAACCUGAUCUACUUGUCUCAUCUGAGCUUCAACAAAGAUGACGACGCCUGGUUGAAAAAUGCAGAGGACACCAGCGAUCUUGGAGAAUCCAUUUGUGGCUCACCGUGCACUCCCAGUUUUUCCAACAGCGACUCAGUGCCUUAUGCAACAGUUGUGUUUUCAGGUCCUGCGACAGACCCAUGCCAGCUACCCAGACCACCAGUCUACCUCCGCUCUGAGUCUACACGCCCCCUUUUAGAAUCAGAAGAAUGUGUCAGUCCGAGGUCUUUUCAAAUUUUUAAUUCUGGCGGCGUGGAGGGUGAGACAUGCUUUUUUGACCCAAACGCUGGAAGUGUAGAUGAAGAGCACGCGGAAGAUCUAUGGAAAGGUUUCCCACUGCUGCAAGCUUUAGUCAUAAAUGAGACUGAAAAUGACUUUUAAGCCAUUUGUUUGUUUCUUUGCAAUCAUGCUAUUUUUUUUUUUUUUUUUUUUUUUUUUAUUUUACCUGUGAUUAUUGUUGUAUUUUUACUCAUAAACCAAUCCAUAGAGGUAAGACUGAAAAAUAAAUUACGGGUAGGAAAGCAGGCAAGCUCAGAAAAUAUUCUUGGAUGUUAUGUGAAUGUGUUGAUUCAGCACCCCAGUCUUUAUGUUGGAUGUUUAUCUGUUUUUUUGUUUUUGUUU